CAUAAUUCCAUAUGUCAAAUGCCAAAAUAAAUAUAGAAUUUAAGGUUAUGUUAUGAAAAACCAUUAACUUAUUGGACUUUUAUAAACAAAAGUACUAAAUAAUAUUAAAAUAGUGUUAAGAUGAAUUUACUAAGAAAAGGAAUGUCGCUGCUAUCUAUUGGAUUAAGAACACAAUGCCCUGCUUAUAGUGCUACACCCACGCAAGCUCUAAUCCGUCGAGCUGCACCUAUAACAGACUUCCUCGCUGGCUCAAAUAUCCAAGCGACAUCGGUGCUAUCGAGAACGAUGGCUUCACUCGCACAGAUGCACAAAACGGGUCCUCAUAUCAAAAAGCGAAAAUCUAGAAACCCGCUCAAUGGAAAUCCAUUCGCCAAGGGUGUAAUACUGAAAACCUUGAUCAGAAAACCCAAGAAGCCAAACUCCGCUAACCGUAAAUGCGUGCUCGUGCGUCUCUCCAGCGGACGCGAGAUGAUCGCGUACGUGCCCGGCAUCGGACACAACCUGCAGGAACACAACAUCGUCCUCGUCAGGGUCGGCAGAGUUAAAGAUUGUCCCGGUGUGAAGCUAAAAUGCGUCCGGGGAAAAUUCGACUUGCCGCACGUCAUCAAGCAGAAAGUGUAGCGGUGUCCAGUUGUUUAAUGUAAUUUGUAGCGGAAUAUAUUUAGUUUAAGUACA